AUGGCCCCACGCCCCACUUCGCGCAAUGGGGACUGGGCGUGCACGGGGUGCAACGCUCAGAGCGGGGACGGCUACGAUGUUUGUUGGAAGUGUUGGAAGGGGCACGACUGCGCGAAGCUCACGCGCCACGGCACGACCCAUGCCCAGGACGACACGGGCGCCGACGAUGUCACCAAAGCUAGGCUCAAGACGCAGCGGGGACACCUGGCUGACCUUCGCCGACAAGCAGCGGACCCAGACUUGGCGCCCCACGCCCAGGGCAUCAUCUCAACUCUACAGAAGGAGGUUGGUGACUGGCAGGCAGCUGUCGAAGCAGGCAGCGAUGCACCACGUUGUUUCUCAGAGCGCAAGCUUGCACGAGAGAGGAACAAGACCCAAGGGCAGCGCGAUCGCACCAGGGAGCGAGUGGAGAAGCAGGAGCUGGAGAUCAUGGAGGCCCAGGGGAAGUUAGACAACGACAUAGCCCUCCUGGCCAGACAAGAAGAGAAGCCACAGAAGCAUAACACCCGCAUCGAGGAGCUCAGCGCGCCAACACCAGGGCAAGGCUGGAGCGCAGCGGCCGCCUUCCUGGAGCAGGCCAGCAAGUGCCUGCGCGACAGGGAGGCCGACCCCGAGCUCAGCGAGGAGGGCGGGCAGGGGUUCAUUGCCGUCACUGCGAACUCCAUCGGCACGCUGGAGCGCACCAUGCGCUCGACCAGGUACACGAACAAGUUCCCUGCCAUCAUAGCGCAGGAGCUGCAGGCCAACGAGCGCAGCAUCUCCUGCUUCACACAACGCAUACAGAAAGAAGGGUGGAGGCGGGGCACAGCGCCCAGCGCCCGCGCGGCGAGCGGGGGCUGGAGCGCGGGGGCGCUCCUUGCGACCGCCCGCCCGAACAGCAUGAGCUACGCCAAGGGCCUCGACACGUGGGACAUCUCCCCCCGCGGAUCCAAGGGCCGCCUCGCCAUCGGCUGGGUCGACGCACACGGCAAGCAGUGCAUGACCAUCGGCGCGGCUUACCUAUGGGUCAGCGAGGGCAUGACAUGCCGCAGCAGGGCCAUCCUGCGGAGCUUCAACGCGGCCGCUAUGGCGGCGGGGAAGCACUGGAUCCUGGGCGGCGGCUUCAACAUGGGCCCAGCCGAGCUGCAGCAGACAAGAGUGAUCAACAGGAUGGAAGGGACCAUCGUGUUCGACACUUCCCGCGGGUCGUGCGUCUCAUCGGGCGAGGCGGGGCGCCGCGACUACUUCAUCAUCUCGAAGUCGCUCAUGGACGGCGCGCUGCAGGUAGCCGUGCAGGACCAGCACGCCCAGGAGGAGGUGGACAGGUACUGGAGCGACCUGGCCAACACGUACGAGGAGCAUCUCAACAAAUACUUCAACUACGACGGCCUGGAGUGGCAUGAGCGCAAGGGGCACAUGCAGGCCCCCACCUACGCAUGGGAGCAGAUGAAGCCACCUAAAGUGCGCGAGGCAGCGCGAGAACAGCAGUGGGCGGACGCAGCAGAAUGGCUAGGGCGCAGACUCGAGCUCAUCUGCACCGCGGUCAGAGCAUGGGGGCGCAACGGCAAGCAGGAGACGCUGAGCUGGGCGCAAUGCAACGCUAAGGGCAUUCUCGAGCAAGACAUCAUUGAGCCGCUCCUAGAGCGGCGCCACCCAGCAUGGAGCGGCGAGGCCGACCAGGAGGGCGCCGCGGAGGGGCACGUCAACGUGGGCAACAUCGACGGCGACGUCGACACCGACACGGAGGGCGAGCACGACAGCGUCGGCACCGAGGACAACGCCGACGACCUGGACGAGAUCAACGAAGCAGCACGCCGAGUCGAGGAGGACGGGCUGAGCCUCCCAGAGUUCACUCCUCGGCACCCCGCUGCCCCCGGCCCUGGGGCCUCGCAGGACUGCCCGUUGGUCGGGGCGGAAGCCGCAGGAGAGCGCCGCCCACCGACGGGGCGGGGGCACUGGGCGGACAUCGAUUGGGGCAAGUUGGUGAACACCAUCGCCUGGAUCGACACCACGAACAUCACCGAGCGGGGCUUGCUAUACGUGGAGUGCGUGGCCAAGCCCAUGACGGUCGCAAGCCAGCACACGCGGAGGCGAGUGCGACGCAAAGCAGCAAGAGGUUGGAGGCGAUGGGUGGCCAAGCACAGCCAGGCGGGAGCAGGUGCGCUACGCAAGUGGACCAUGCCGCCAGUGCCAUGGGAGCCCAUCAAGCCGACCGGGAACUACAGCCAGCAGGAGCUCACGCAUCCGCAGGUGGCAGCAGACGCAGCGCCGGAGGGCUGGGAGACGGCAUGGGCGGCAUGGGCAGGUUUCUACGACGACAGCGCACCAUGGUGCCGGCCCCCCAGCGACGACGAAUGGGGGGAGUAUGCAGCCCCACGAAUCACACCGAGGGGCGUCAUCGAGGCGCGCGGGCGCUUCCGCGCCAAGACUGGCCUUGGAGAAGCGGACUGGCACCCGCGCCUCUGGCGCCAUGGUGGGUUCCAGGGAGCGGCGCGCGUGGCAAGCGUGCUUGGCGCGGUGGAGCGGGGGGCGCCGUGGCCCACGACAGAGGCCACCAUGCUCUUCUACCUGACACCGAGGGCAGCAGGGGGCUUCCGCAACCUGGGCCUCAUGCCCGAGCUGGCGCGCGCGUGGGAGACCAUCCGCGUGCCGUGCGCCAGGCGCUGGGAGGCGGCCAACCAGAGAGCCUACGACUGGGCUCGACGCGGGAGAUCAUCGGAGCGCGCGGCGUGGCUGCAGGCCCUCUACGGGGAGGCCGCGCGCGCCGAAGGACACGAGUAUGCAAUGACCUACUUCGGCCUAGUCAAGUGCUUCGAGUGGGUCACGCAUCUCAUCAUGCACACUGUACUCAAGAUAUACGGCAUGGUGAGGCGCAUCGUCUUAGACGGGUGCUACGCCGAGGGCAGGGCGUGGCAGCGCGGCAUCGUCGCGGGCAGCAGGUAUGCGCCCUUGUGCCUCAAGAUGGUGGUCAUCCUGAACCUGGGCGAGCUCGUGCACCAGUUCCCGCAGGCGGACACGCGCUUGUUCUUAGACGACCUCGCCAAGGCCACGCACGGCAUCAGCGAGUUCGUCCACCACUUCCACCCGCAGCUCGUGGCGGCCGUGGUACACAUGUUCGAGGUGAAGCUAGAUAUGGCAGUCUCGAAGGGCGCGGAAGGGAAGACGGUCACCCUGACAUCCUCCACCGCGCUGGGCAAGCGCAUCAGCGCGCACGCCAGGCAUCUCGGCGCGAGAGUAGUGAAGCACGAGAAGCACCUGGGAGUCACAGGAGGGGCGGCGCACAAGCUGAUCAGGCAAGCCAGCGUGCCGGCGCUCCUCUACGGCUCAAGCAUCGUCGGCACGGCGGACUCCAAGCUCAAAGAGUUGAGAAGGAACGUGGCGACGGCGAUGGAGAGGAACACCGAAGGCAAGUCCACUGCCCUCACCCUCCUCAGCGACAGGAUCGACCCGGGCAUCCUGGCCAACAGCGGCCCCACCAUUGCCUGGGCCACGGCGUGGCAGGAGGCGCUAGACGACGCGGGGCUGGCCGAUCGGCUCCACAGCGCAUGGCGCACCUGGGUGAUGAAGAUCUACAAGUGCAAGGCCCCCUGGCUCACAGUUCGGGGACCAGCGGGAGCGUUCGUGGCGACGGUGAAGCGACUCGGCUGGGUGACACAGGCCGCGCACUCAGUCACAAUCGACGGCACAGUGUUCGACCUGCGCUUCACCAUGCUGCAGGAGAUCCAGCACCACGCCAUCCGCACUACGGAGCAGCAGCUGAAGGACGAGUGGGUGGAGCAGUACGGCCGACAGUACGGCAUCACCUCCCUCUUCGUCGAGCCAGCGAGGCUGCACGCUAAGGGGGCGGCACCAGACAGCACGUGCAGAGCGUGCGGGCGGGGCCACGGCACUGACCGACAUCGCGCGUUCGCGUGCCCUGCGCGCCAGCAGCACCGCAGUGCGAUCGGAGGCCUGCGCAUACAGCGGCGAGGUGCCAACCCAUGGCCAGGCCCAGGAGCUGAAGUGCUAUGGGGACGAGGCAUCAUGGCGGACCCCGCCGUCGAGCUCAAGCAUUGGGACCUGGAGACGUGCGACGGCUGGCCCACCGAAGGCAACUGGGACGGCCUGGCGACGGGGGACAUCUACGUAGACGGCUCGUUGCAGUACGGGCACUACCCAGCGCUGCGACGAGGAGGGUGGAGCUUCACCAAGCUCAAAGACAACGACGAGCAUGAUAUGGAGUACGUGUGCUGCGGGCCGCUCCCAGGAGCGCAGUGGACACAGAGUAUCCUGCGGGCGGAGCUCUACGCGGUGCUGCAGGCGCUGACGGCGGGUGCACCGCCAAUGUGA